CCUCGCGCUGCCUGUGCGUCACUGUAAUCUCCUGUCACUGCGGGCAGUGAUGGCGGAGGUGGACGAUAACGACGUGAUGAUGAAUUACCACGGUGAUUUCUUAAAAAACGACAGAAAAAGCAGCCGCUACCCCUACUGCGUUGUUUGGACACCCAUUCCUAUUUUGUCGUGGGUGUUCCCCUUCAUUGGUCACAUGGGUAUAUGCACCUCUUCUGGGAUUAUACGAGAUUUUGCAGGAUCAUACUUUGUCUCGGAGGACAACAUGGGUUUUGGUAGGCCAACAAGGUAUUGGAAGCUUGAUGUGGACAAAGUGUGUGGCAGUGGUGCUGCUACAUGGGACAAAGCGGUGCAUGAUGCUUCUGAGGAAUACAAAUGUAGGCCGCACAAUCUAUGUUUAGAUAACUGUCAUUCCCACGUUGCCAUGGCCCUCAACCUUAUGCGCUAUGACAAUAGCACAUCUUGGAACAUGGUGAACCUGUGUGUGCGAUCUUUCAUUUACGGAAAACAUGUGAGCUGGGCAGCAUUCCUCAAGACCUGGCUGCCCUUCUUCAUGCUCUGCGGAGUCCUUGCCACGUUCAUCCUGACAUUCAACCUGCAGUAGUUGAGUGCUGAAUUAUACACAUACUUUAUACAUUGUCCUUGUGCAUUGAAUGAUGGGACAUUUGAAAAAAUUACAAAUGAAGGACUUCAUUGUCCAUUAGUGAUGUAGUCCCCUGAAAGGUUUUUAAGGGGAAAGCCCAGAUGUUGAGUUGUUGUUAUUCUUUAUUUUUUCUUCAGAUAUAAAUGAUCUGGCAAGGUGCAUAAGCUACAGUAUCUGCAAAACAUCUCUUCAAAAUUGACUAUUACUGUUUUUCAGAAUAUCGUAAUCCUUUCCAGAUUAUACCACAAUGGACCAACCCAGAGAGACUUUUCAAGAAUGGCAGUGAUGAAUGUGUUAGCAGACUGGCUAAUGUACAUUUCAGUGACGAAUCACUACUAAAUGGAACACGAAAUCUUAAUGCUGAAAGUUUUCAUCAAUUAUUUGUUUAAGAGAUAUGAGCAGUAACCAAAGAUAGAACAAUGUAGGACCCACAUAUGAUACAUAGUGGUUUUGUCCUGUAAAAAUAUCCGACAGUCCUCUUUCUUCUGGUGUGUAAAGAUGAAUAUGUGUUUUCUUUAGUAUGAUUUUGUUUUUUGCUUUUCUUCAGACAGAAGUUGAAUGCUUUCUAACUGUGCGUCCUCAUCCUGGAACGUGAAUAUAACUCUGUUGAAUUAUACAACUUAAGAGCAAUACUUCAUGUACUACAUUACCUUAUGUAUUUAUUUUAUUGAUUGAUUCUAUGUACCCAAAAAGUAUUUGUUAUUUAUUUUGUAUCUAUCAGUAUAAAAUUUCUCUUUGGGUAACUUUACUUUGGAUGUGCUGUGUACUGAGCUCUUUAAGUGUCCCUUUGUAGUCUGUGGUGAAGUUCGCAGACUGCGGAUGCCCUA